AUGGCUCCGGCAUCUUGCAGCAGCUCGCGUACCUCCUCCACCAACCAGCCAGGCCCCAGCACCGCUCCUAUGGUCGCCAUCAAGAACGUCAAACCGCCAACCACAAAGACAAGGGCGCCAUGGCAGCUAGACACGUUUUGGUCCAGCUCUCACAAGAGGACGUCUCCGUCCAGACAGCGAUCGCCUGUGCUUGGCGACUCCUACGAAAGCUCUAAUGGCUUCGACCUCGCCGAUCUGCCGUUGACGCCGCCUGACUCGGGCGCCUCUGCUUUCGAGCUUCAUGCUGCUGCUAAUGCUGAUCCGUCGCACAUCCCCACUCGCGAUCAUGUCUUAGUAUCUUCCCGUGCAGCUUCACCAUCCGUCCUUGCCUCUGAUACACACAGCAAGCCCGCGCAGAAGAAACCGAGCAAGAAUGACAUCUUCAAUUCUCCUAUCUCCUGGUUGACGCCUCCGUCUCGCCCAGUCGCCAUACCUCCUGGCGGUCCAGAGACUUCGCCGCCGCCACCACCAUCGCGUAAUUCGCUCUUUUUCUCCUCGUUUGGCAAUAGCUCACCCGCACCUCCCUCACCGCCUCCGCCGCUUCCACCUCCUCGCACUACUUCGACCCAGCUGAACAGAGACGCAGCGAAAAGCAAGCAGACAGGCACAGCUCCAUCCGAUUCGACGGCAAUAAGCGUAUCCGGAUCAACGCAGUCAGAGUCGCAAACACAACCGCAACAGAGCACAGGGCGCAAGAAGGGGCAUACACGCAACUCGUCACUCGGCCGCGCCAGCACCGAGGAGUGCCUGCAGGAGGAAGCCAGAAUCAGAGCUACCAAACACGUCGAUUUCCGCCUUUGCCCCACCAACGACUUUCUGCUCGGCGAAGGGCGACAUUGCUCCGUAUAUCUUGGCAGCUAUCGUCCCCGUCUGGAUGCUGUUCCAUCCGACUCCUCUACAGCCUGGCGGCUCUGUGCCGUCAAACGCCUCCAUGCCGACCGUCAGAGCCAGCUUCUUGGGCUCGAAGAAGCUUUUGCGCUCCGCCGUCUCGGUACGCAUCCUAACGUCAUCCAGCUCAUUGACAUUCGCGAUGAAGUCGAGUUUGCAGCAUCGUCUCAGCACACUCCUCAACCGUCGACGCCUGAUCCGCCCCAGCGCCGGAAGGAGCAAUCCUCGGCACAAUUGGGUAUCGGUCUCGGGCUGCCACGCAGUGCUAGCCGUAGUCCAAAUGGGGGACAUGCCAGCCACUCGAGAUCCACAAGCGAUAUGACAGGCAAGGACGAGCUUCGUAACGAGGCGCAAUCACACAAGCGAGCUUUGGCUCACGAGAAGCAACACGAAGCGGCGCUUGCUCGCGGCAUUCUGCACGAAGCGGAUUCCAUUGUCUCGUCAAGGGAACCGCAUCGUUCAAGAGUCAGUACGCUGGGUCAUCCUCAAUCCGCGAUUCUGCCCACCCCCACCUUCCUUGUCCAAGGUCCUGACGGCGAUGCGCUCGACGCCCGGCCGACGUACAACCACUCUCUCGCCGAUUCCGACAUAGCCACUGCGCGCAGGUCGUCCUCAAACGCCAGCACCAUCAACCCCCCACGUCUGCUCAUCCUCCUCGAGCUGCUACCCAAUAACCUCGCCCUCUUUGCUCGAAAGCACCGCGAACGCAUCGACCUGCAACAAUGGUUCGACUGGGCACUUCAGAUCUCAGAAGCGCUCCUCUUCCUCCACGAGAAAGGCUGCGUCCACGCAGACAUUAAAAAGGAAAACAUGCUCUUGACCGAGGAUCUCAACGUCAAGCUGUGCGAUUUCAACUCGGCCGUGUUUCCCAAUCCCAGCGACCCUCCGCGCGACGGCCUUGGGCUGGGUACGCCGGCAUACUGCGCCCCCGAGCUGAGUCGGGCCACGGGAGGCCCAAGCGCCACGAGCUUCUCGUACCCGAUCGACAUCUUUUCGCUUGGUGCCGUGCUGUACUCGCUCGCGACGGGGUACGAGCCGUUCAGCAAGGCUCGCAGCGUCGUCGAGAUGCUGCACCGCAAGCGUCUCUUCUUCGAGAGUGAGGAAAACGACCGAGCCUCUCGCUUGGCCGUCGAGGCGGGGAGCAAUCCCAACAGCCAGCCGGCCAGUCGAAGCGGCAGUCUGCGCGGUCGGCCCUCCAAAGCUUCCUCGACCUCCACCGCCACCAAUGCCAACGAUGCCGCGGCUUCGCCCGUCCAAUUGGCCUCCUCGCUCAAUCGCUUGCUGCAACACAGCUCGCCCACAUCCCACACAGCUCGCCGCGAUGCCAGCAGCGACAGCCUCGAAAGCGUUGCCUCGAGCAUCACCACCAUUUCCGGGCGCAACCCGACCUCGUUGGCCGUGUCGCGGCUGCUCGAACCCACGGAUGAACCGCGAGGCCUGCUCGUGGAUCCCAGUACGCUGUCGCGAUCCAGCUCGCUGCUGCGUGAGAUGGGGCGGUCCGCCGACGUGCGACGAUGCGCGUCGACGGGGGGGAGAAAGGCCCUGUCAACGAGUGUUACAGGAUUGCAGAGAAUGCGGGCUGCUGGCGAAGUCGUCGUCGACCCCACCGCCGAGCACGCCGAGGUUGGCUCUACAACGACCAACGUUAGUACAGGCACAUCGGCCAAAUCUCCCGCUGGCGCCGCCAUCGCCCCGCUCUCAGCAUUGUCCAAAGUAACCCUCCUUGAACUCGCCUCCCGACCGGACUGGCUCCGUCGUCGCUCCUCGUACGGCGACGAGAUCAAAUCCCACCCCCCUGCAGCUGCAGCAGCGAAUGCAUACCUCUCUCCAGCCGCGACGAUCUCCGAACAUACCCCGGCCGAUCCCGACGCCGCUCUCUCCUCCACGCCGGCCAAGCCCAGUCGGUUGCGCUCUAUGUUCUCCCCUACCUCGUCGCAGUUCGGCCGCCCUGCCAGCAGCAGCAGCCCGCCUACCCCCGGUACCCCGGACGCAGGCACACCCGCACUCCGGGGAGGAUCGUCCGACGGAGACACGAGAGCGUACGCGGAUGGGCAUCCAGCCAUCGUCUUGCCUGGCGGCGGGAGGCUGCCCGAUUGGGCACGCGAUCUGCUGAGGGACAUGCUGCAGGCGGAUCCCGCCCGACGUCCGACGGCGUUGCAGGUGCGCGAGCGCUUGCAGGCGCAUGCGCACCUUUUGUAG